AUGGCUGAGAAGGGCGACUGCAUCGCCAGCGUCUACGGGUAUGACCUUGGCGGGCGCUUCGUUGACUUCCAACCCCUGGGUUUCGGCGUCAACGGGCUGGUGCUGUCGGCCGUGGACAGCAGGGCCCGCCGGAAGGUGGCGGUGAAGAAGAUCACCCUAAGCGACGCCCGCAGCAUGAAGCAUGCACUCCGGGAGAUCAAGAUCAUCCGCCGCCUGGACCACGACAACAUCGUGAAGGUGUAUGAGGUGCUGGGGUCCAAGGGUGCCGACCUGCAGGGCGAGCUGUUCAAGUUCAGCGUGGCCUACAUCGUCCAGGAGUACAUGGAAACCGACCUGGCGCGCCUGCUGGAGCAGGGCACGCUGACGGAGGAGCACGCCAAGCUCUUCAUGUACCAGCUGCUCCGAGGGCUCAAGUACAUCCACUCCGCCAACGUGCUGCACAGGGACCUGAAGCCCGCCAACAUCUUCAUCAGCACGGAGGACCUCGUGCUCAAGAUUGGGGAUUUCGGGUUGGCGAGGAUUGUCGAUCAGCAGUAUUCACACAAGGGUUACCUGUCAGAAGGGUUGGUAACGAAAUGGUACCGCUCACCACGCCUGCUCCUCUCCCCUAACAACUACACCAAAGCCAUUGACAUGUGGGCCGCUGGCUGCAUCCUGGCAGAGAUGCUCACGGGGAGGAUGCUCUUUGCUGGGGCUCACGAGCUGGAACAGAUGCAGCUCAUCCUGGAGACCAUCCCUGUGAUCCGGGAGGAAGACAAGGACGAGCUGCUCAAGGUGAUGCCUUCCUUCGUCAGCAGCGCCUGGGAGGUGAAGAGGCCACUGCGCAAGCUGCUCCCCGAAGUGAACAGCGAAGCCAUCGACUUUCUGGAGAAGAUCCUGACCUUUAACCCCAUGGAUCGCCUGACCGCCGAGAUGGGGCUGCAGCAUCCCUACAUGAGCCCGUACGCUUGCCCCGAGGACGAGCCCACCUCGCAGCACCCCUUCCGCAUAGAGGAUGAGAUUGACGACAUCCUGCUGAUGGCCGCCAACCAGAGCCAGCUCUCCAACUGGGACAGGUACCCUGUGAGCCUGUCGUCGGACCUGGAGUGGCGGCCCGACAGGUACCAGGACGCGAGCGAGGUGCAGCUCGACCCGCGCGCGGGCUCGGCGCCGCUGGCGGAGGACGUGCAGGUGGACCCGCGCAAGGACUCGCAGAGCAGCUCGGAGCGCUUCCUGGAGCAGUCGCACUCGUCCAUGGAGCGCGCCUUCGAGGCCGACUACGGCCGCUCCUGCGACUACAAGGUGGGGUCGCCGUCCUACCUGGACAAGCUACUGUGGCGCGACAACAAGCCGCACCACUACUCGGAGCCCAAGCUCAUCCUGGACCUGUCGCACUGGAAGCAGGCGGCCGGGGCGCCCCCCACCGCCGCGGUGGCGGCGGACGCGGGGCCGCGCGACGAAGAGCCGGCCAGCCUCUUCCUGGAGAUCGCGCAGUGGGUCCAGAGCACGCAGGGCGUCCCCGAGCGCGGCAGCCCGCCCCCCGACGGCCCCGAGCGCCGCCUGUCGGCCUCCCCACCCGGCCGUCCGGCCCCCAUCGACGGGGGCGCCAGCCCCCAGUUCGACCUGGACGUGUUCAUCUCCCGCGCCCUGAAGCUCUGCACCAAGCCCGAGGACCUGCCGGACAGUAAACUGGGCGACCUCAACGGCGCCUGCAUAUCCGAGCACCCUGGCGAUCUCGUGCAGACUGAGGCCUUCUCCAAAGAAAGGUGGUGAGGGCGGCGGAGGGGCGCUCCAGGCCAUCCCGAAGGCCGCCUCCCUGGCAUCUCCACCACCCCUGCCGCCCCUCUCUGCUGCCUUGGGGUUAGCAGAACACAGGAAGGAUCCGAGGAGCGAGAGGAAUGUCCAUUUCUUAAACUGCCUUAAUAACUAGCCUUUAACCUCUGGGAGUGGGUUUGAACAGGAGCCGAGAUUGGGGGUUGAUCACUUUCCCAGUGAGGACGAGGCCCCUGUGCUUUUAUAAGUGGCGGUGUACAGGGCAGAAGUAUGUCUUAGCAGUCUGCAGGCCCCACCUGGGUGGCUGUGUGCAGUGGAACCUUGCAGGCAGAGUGUUGGAACCACCUGGCCCAACUAGCCUCAGCUGACAGGUGUGGAAGGACAGUGAGGCCCAGAGAAGCAAAGUGACUCUAAGUUCAGGGCCUAGUCAGUGUCAGGGAAAGCCUUGAACCCCAGGCCCCUGGCCCCCAGGCCAGUGUCUGUCCACUAAACAGUGUCUUCCUCUACUGGCGUCACUCCGGCUUUUCGCUCAGAAAACUUGGUUCAAGAUGUUUCUUCCCUGUCCAUUACCAUCUGACCCAUUCUACAUGCUUUUACUCAGAGCAAUGCCCCUUGAACUCUGAAACUGGAAACUGAGCCAGCUUCUUUCCCCUAGUCACCGAGCAUCUUUUUUUCUGGCUCCUCAAGUACGUAAAUAUUCCCAUCUGCCCCACCCCUGUAGUAUUUGCCUCACCCCGUGUGGUCUGAAAUGUUGGUUGCAGACCAGACCAGUUUGGGCUCUGUGGGUAAAAUAACCCAUUCUCCCAGGCCUGUGCACACACCUUUUGCAGAACUUCCUAUGCACUUUCCUGACACACGCACAGACACAAUGACACAGCUCUUGCUCCCGAGGGAAUGUCAUACACGGGCGAGUUUGAAGACAGCAAUUCCAAGAAUCCCUCCAGCCUGUCCCACACCCCAACCCCCAUACUCAUAGCCCCGCUCCAAGCCUACCUUGGGAACUCAUGUUCUCGGCAUGAAUUGCUCACUUGGUGGAGAGCAGUGAGGUGCCUGCCUAGAGCAAAUGUGUUAGGAGAGAAGAUUUCACACAGGGCCCAUCCGACUUCAUUAAUGCUGCCCUUGAUUUUGAUUAUCCAUUUAGCCCCAGCAAAGAGCAGGCCCUGAAAAAAUGCAUUGGAGAGCAAGAGGCCUUGGGGACAGGGAAUCCGGAAGGGUAGGAAGGUAUGAAAGGUGGGGUACCAACAUUGAGGGCCUUCAGGGGUCAGGCACCAGCAUGGGGACCCCACAACAAAAGAAAGGACUGGAGGCCACCAUGUCCCUCCUAGCUUAGGCCAGGAUGAAUUCGGAGCACGCCAAACCAAAGGUGCACUUGUACACAGAGCCUGAGGGGGGAUGGUGUGUGGGCACAGCAGGCCCUCUGCAGAAACAUGGAGCCCAGUCCCCUGGAAAAGCUCUGCCAUUUCCACCACUGGCAUUCAGCUUCCCCCAAAGAUGCCCACCGGAGCCAGUCUGUAAACAGAGGAUUCCUCAGUGUUGAGCUUAGGCUGGGUUCACCCUCACCUCAACAGCACCUUAAAUCUAAUCAGCUAACUAGGAUCUGUGCAUUGAAACCUGCAACACGUUAGAAACUUAUAUUUAAAAACAACCAUACUGACCAAUUUUUAAAUGGAAAAUAUGUAAAUAUGAAGUGUCUGGGUUUCUUUUCUUUCUUUUUUGUUUUAAAGAGAAGGAAAUGUACACCACUCCUCAUGUGCCAUUUGUCCUCAAAGGGCGGCUUUACUUUUUUGGUAUAGGAGCAAGCUGCUGACCUUGACCAGGAGUUCAUAUAUAAUUGUUAUUACAGAGGAAUUGCUAUUACUUACUCAUGUUUUAAAAAAAUCUAUUAAACAUUAUUAAACUUGAUCAG